CGGUUGGGAACAUUCAGGAUGUCAUCAUCUGAACAGAAUACAGCUCACACAGAUCAGUCUCUCCAGGCUCUUGAUCCAGUCAAGCGUUUAUUUGGCACCAAUAAUGAAGUGAAUCUGGAGAGCGAAUUGUGAAACAUUGAACUUCUGUUUUUAGCGUUUUUAUAUUGAUUGUAUUUGUUUACGUUUUUAUUAUGUUAGUGUUAUUACAUAUGUUGACUUUGGACUAAACGGAGCGGACUCGCGUUGUUUGGUGUGCUAGUGAUUUGGUGCUCGUGCGCGAACCGUGUAUCUGGAUGAAAUAAGAGUUUGAGGUUCUAAAACUAGACAUCAGUGGCGUGUUUUUCGGUUUGUCCCCGAUCGUGGUCAGUGCAGUACAGUGGUUCAUGGUCACCCGUGCGUAACCAAUCACAUGGCCGCUCUGGAGUGAAGCAAGCCUCGCCACAGCACCACAGGUCGACCCACUCCCGUCCUCCACAUCGCAGCGAUGCCUCCCGGUGUUGUAGCCCCGUCUCCACGGAGCUCUCCGGCCCGGUGCUUCUACGCCUUGACACCGUACUUCAUAGAGGACUCCGUCAUCUCCCAGAGCAAGAUUGAUCAGCUUAUCAGUGAGAGCUUCCUGACAGUGAAAGGUGCCGCCCUCUUCCUGCCCCGGGGAAAUGGCUCCUCCCCUACCUCUGCUUCCCGCUUCGCUCAGCUCCGCAGCAAACAUGCAGGUGACCUCCAGCAGCACCUGCAGACCAUGUUCACUCUCCUCCGACCAGAGGACAACAUCAAACUGGCUGUCCGGUUGGAGAGUAGCUUGUACCAGGGGACUCGUUACAUGGUGGUGGUCUCCACUAACGGCCGUCAGGACACCGAGGAGAGCUUGGUGCUGGGUAUGGACUUCAGCCCUGCAGACAGCUCGUGCUCGGUGGGGCUGGUUCUCCCUCUAUGGAGCGACUCGCUGAUACACCUGGAUGGAGACGGGGGUUUCAGUGUGUCCACUGAUAACAGGAUCCAUGUAUUCAAGCCUGUGUCGGUGCAGGCCAUGUGGUCUGCUCUGCAGUCGCUCCACAAGGCGUGUGAGGUGGCUCGUUGCCAUAACUACUUCCCCGGCAGUCUGUUCCUGACCUGGGUCAGCUACUACCAGAGCCGGGUCUCCUCUGACCAAUCGCGCAUCAACGAGUGGAACGCCAUGCAGGACGUCCAAUCACACCGUGCCGACUCUCCCGUGAUGUUCUCUGACGUGCCGACGGAGAGAGAGAGGACAGAGCGGCUCAUCAAGACUCGUCUGAGAGAGAUCAUGAUGCAUAAAGACCUGGAGAAUGUCACCUGCAAAGAGAUCCGCACAGAGCUGGAGGUGCACAUGGUGUGUAACCUGUGUGAGUUUAAGGAGUACAUAGACAACGAGAUGAUCCUGAUCCUGGGUCAGAUGGACAGUCCCACUGAGAUAUUUGACCAUGUUUACCUGGGCUCUGAGUGGAACGCAUCCAAUUUGGAAGAGCUGCAGAACAGUGGUGUGCAGUAUAUUCUGAACGUGACGAGGGAGAUUGACAACUUCUUCCCAGGUGUGUUUGAGUACCAUAACAUCCGUGUGUAUGAUGAAGAGGCUACAGACCUGCUGGCCUAUUGGAACGACACCUACAAGUUCAUCUCCAGAGCCAGGAAAGCAGGAGCUAAGUGUUUGGUUCACUGUAAGAUGGGUGUGAGUCGCUCUGCGUCCACGGUGAUAGCCUACGCUAUGAAGGAGUACGGCUGGGACCUGGAGAGAGCAUUCAACUUCGUUAAGGAACGACGUGCUGUCACCAAACCUAACCCCUCCUUCAUGAGACAGCUAGAGGAGUACCAGGGCAUACUGCUGGCCAGUAAGCAGAGACACAACAAGCUGUGGCGUUCCCACUCGGACAGUGACCUAUCGGAGCACCACGAGCCGCUGUGUAAGACCGUCCAACACCCCCACACCCUGGGCCGCUCCCACCCUCGUAACCAGGGUAACAGCCCCGCCGCCCCCUCCCUGCAGGAGCUGCUGCAGCCGCUGGGAUCCCCCUCCAACACGGGCCAGGUGGUGCGGUCCAUCUCUGAGUGUGGGACCCCUUCUAGUGCAGGGAAGGUGGUACAGUCCAGUAGCCAGCCCAAUACUACUGCUACCCAGGAGAAUAAUCUGGACACUAACCAGGAGACUAGGACUGAAGCUCUGUUGACCUCCACAACCGGGGACCGGUCGUUAGGCACCGGGGACCGGUCGUUAGGCACCGGGGACCAGAAUCCUUCAACAGCAGCUACUAUUGGUUCCACUGGUUCCCAGGCCCAGGGGGAGUCUGUGUGUUCCCAGUCACCCCCUCUUUCCAACGGCCUGUGUGAUUAUGAAGAGGACCCCUCAACCCCUCUCCCUCAGCCGCGGGCGGCCACUGUGGUGCCUAACAUUUCCACGGUAACCGUGGCGGAGACCGUGCCGGUCGGACGCCCUCAUUCGCCCCCUAUCCACCACCUCCUUGUCUCCCCCGCCACCCUUCCAACCCCCUCCGAUGAAGACGAGACUCCGAAAGCCAAGGAGCCGUCCACCACCUUGCCUAAGGAAAAAUACUGCCAGCUGCAGGUGACACCAUCAGUGCCUGAGUCAUCGUCGAUGACCCCGGAAACAAGCACACAAACAGCAGGACCACAAGAGCCGUCCACACCAGUGCCUGACAAGAAACUAGACUGUGACCAGCGGUUACCUGGGGCAUCAUUGGGCAGUUCAGCAUUACAACAACCCUCCAGUAUUGAGGUACUCAUCAUUAGUCAGCCCAGUGCUCCCCCUCAGGACCCUGCUCUCGAGGCGGAGGGGUCCUCGGCUCUCAGCACAGACCACAUCAACUUCUUCAGCGCCAGAGAGAAGUUCCAGGGCCUGACUCAGGAUGGGAGGACCCGUUGCCUUUCUGAUCAGGCACUGCAGCAGACACCUCAGCCCAUACCCAGGGAUCCAGGACAGGAACAGCAGGAGGAUCCCUCUGCUGUGGCGACUGGGGAGGAGGAGGAGGUCGAGGAGAGGAAGAGGGAGAGCAUUGUCUCUGUUCACCUCAUAGUCACUGAACUGGAGUCCAUGACGCACACUGUGGCCCCUCCCCCUGGCCCUCCCAGCCAACCAGAGCCUACUGCUUCCCAGGACCACGAAGUGGGUCAGUCAAACCAGGAAGUAGAGGGCAAAGAUGCAGAGUCACAGCAAGAAGUGGAGGUUGUCAAAGAGGAAGUGAAGGAUGAAGCAGAAGAGAUGGAAGCAGUCUCCCACUCUCCUCCCGCCCCUCACUCUGCUGAUUGGGCGAUGGGCUCUGUGCGCCGCGUCACCCAACAGCUGGAGCAGCGAAUGAGGCAGGACUCCCCUUCCCCUCCUCCACCUUCCCUCCCCCCCACCCACCCCCAUCGUCGCUCCCCUCUCUUCCCUCACUCAAGAGAACACUCCCCUCCUGCCUCUCACCCCUUCCCAGAGACAAACUCCAACCCCCAGAAUGCACCACGCUGCCUGCAGGGGUCAGAGGUCAGCACUGUGCAGGAAAAGGAUGGGGGCUGUAGUCCUAUGGAGGAAGAUGGAGGACAGGAGGCUUGGAGAGAAGGUUUACAUGAAGACAGUGUCCAAAUGCACAAACACAACCUUAGUGAUGGCAGCCUUGCAUCUACCCUCCACCCUACCCUCAUCACCCCUCUCUAUCCUACCCUAAACUCCGUCAUCGACCCCCUCUCUUCCGUGGAUUUCCUGUGUCUGGAGGGGGUGACAGAGUUUGAGUCGGGCACAGACUGGGACAGUCUCCCGGGUCGAGGACUCCCCGGUGACGACAUCAUGAGGGAGACAUGGGAAACUCUGCGGGAGCUGGGGGCGUUCCUUCGCCAGGUGAGCGGGGGCGGAGCCAAGGUACCCAGGUGUGUGGGCCAGGUGUGGGGGGAAGGUACGCAGGCGAGGCAGAAGAGGGUCAGGGGUGGCGACAGGCAGAGAGCCAGGGAGGUGGAGGCACGGAUUCGCCAGGCUGGGCUUACACCGCCCUCCCUGAUGAAGCGCUCUGCCUCAUUGGCUAAGCUGGGCUGCUUAGAGCUGUCGGCCAAUGACCUGAGCAAUUGGGAUAUUAGCCCCACCUCUCUGGCGACACCCGCUGUGGAACCCCUCCUUCCUUCCACAGCAGCUGACGAGUCCUCCAGGAAACUGAGGGUGCUGUUCCACAAUGCCCUGUGUCCUUCUGUCUCGACCAGCAGGCAAGAGUCCCUCACCAACAGAGCGGAGAGGCCUUGUGAGAGUGGACACACCCCCUCAGAACACUUGCAUUCUCCUACAUCCAAUCAAGGCUGGCAGAAGGGGAAACGUCGUGACUCUGGCCACGCCCCCUCGCUGACGCCUGACCUGAUCUCCGUGGCAACACGACAGCAGUACGGAAGGACACACCCCCUACGUAGGCUGAAGAAACGGACUGUCAGCACCCUCUACCACACUAUGUGACCCUCACUGUGUGUGAGAGAGUGAUGAAAACUGGUUCAUUUCUUUCUGGAACUAUUUGAAAGCUGGUCAAACGCCAGCCACUUCCCUUAGCCCCUACCACCUUCCCUGGCAGAUGAUAGUCAGAUGUGUGUAAAAUAUGCCAGCCUCCUCUAGGAUCAUUGGAAGGCUAGAUGGAUUAUAGCUAACACAAAGCUGAUCGCUUCAGGGCGUGAGGGCAUCAUGUAUGUAGUGACUUCUAGGAUGUGUAAUGUUUCUUGUUGCAUACUGUAUGUAGUGUGUAUUUGAGUUAUCAUUUUAGGAUGUCCUUUGUUUUCUAUUGGUUGGAGUCUGAACUGUUUGUGUGAGGCAGAAUAUCUCCGUGUGUGUGUGUGUUUUAAAAUAAUGUUUGACUUUUGUGUACAUAAUAGGAAGUGUGUGUGGGACUGAAAAGUGCAGUUUCUCCCUUCCUAUCAGAAAUAACAAUGAUAUGGGGAGGUUUCUCAAAUAUGCACUUUAGUGUUUUUUGAUUAAUGUAUGGUUCCUACUCUUGGAGCAUGCUUAAUGUGAGUUGAAUAGUUGUGAGUAUUUUACAGUGCAGAAAUGUCAUUUCCUUUUAAAUCUGUAAAUAUUCUCAUUUUUUUAUGUGCUUAAACUGUGACCAAUAAAUAAUGACAACUUAA